UAAUGUCUAUUACAAGAUCAUCUCAAAGAUCCUCACUAAAAGAAUGCAACCGCUGCUCUCGAUGGUCAUUUCUGAAAACCAAUCCGCCUUUGUUCCUGGUAGAGCGAUCUCCGACAAUGUACUUAUCACACAUGAAGUACUCUACUUCCUCCAACAUUCACAAGCCAAGAAAAGAUGCUCUAUGGCGGUGAAGACAGACAUGAGCAAAGCCUACGAUAGGCUCGAGUGGGAUUUUAUUCAGCUGGUCCUUGAGAGGUUGGGUUUCCACCCUCAAUGGAUUUCUUGGAUAAUGGAAUGUGUUUCUUCUGUUACCUAUGCCUUCCUCAUCAACGGCUCGCCUAGAGGAAAGGUUAAACCGAGCCGAGGCAUCCGUCAAGGAGACCCUCUCUCACCCUACAUUUUCAUUCUUUGUAGCGAAGUGCUCUCGGGACUGUGUAACAGAGCUCAGGAAACAGGUCUCUUGACCGGCAUCCGGGUUGCUCGGGAUUGUCCCCAAGUGAACCAUCUCCUCUUUGCGGACGACACCAUGUUCUUUGCCAAGGCAAACAAAGACAAUGCCCUGGCGCUAAAAGAGAUUCUGCGCCAGUACGAGAUGGCCUCGGGCCAAUCAAUCAACACCAACAAGUCCUCUGUUACUUUCUCCAGGAAAGCCCCUAUCACGCUUAAAAAUAUGGUGAAAGACUGCUUACAAAUCCCGAAAGAAGGUGGUAUAGGCAAGUAUUUGGGGCUACCGGAACACUUUGGCCGGAAAAAACGAGACCUCUUUACGUCGAUUGUGGAAAGGAUAAAGACAAAGGCUAGCAGCUGGUCGAACAAAUAUUUAUCCACAGCUGGGAAGAUGGUGAUGUUGAAGAGUGUUCUCUCCCCCAUUCCAUCCCAUGCAAUGACUUGCUUUAAACUGCCCCGAUCGCUCUGUAAACGCAUUCAAUCAGCAGUGACCCGCUUCUGGUGGGAUGGAAGAAGUGGUAACAGGAAAAUGGCUUGGGUCUCUUGGGAUAAGAUGACAAGACCGAAACAACAGGGAGGCUUGGGUUUCCGAGAUUUUGAGAGCUUCAAUGACGCUUAUCUAGCGAAGUUGAGUUGGCGACUCCAUCACAACCCCUCGGGGCUUCUGUCCAGGGUCCUAACCGGGAAAUACUGCAGGGACACUUCUUUCUUACAAGUUGAGCACAGAGCCGCGGAAUCGCAUGGAUGGAGAGGAAUUUUAAUUGGCAGGGACCUCAUGAUGAGCAACGCGGGCUGGGCAAUUGGCAACGGUGAAAGCAUCUGCAUUUGGAAUGACCCCUGGCUCAGCCUCUCCUCACAAGCUCGCCCCAUGGGCCCAGCACCUGAGCAAUACGCCGAAUGGACCGUCAAACACCUUAUGCUGCCAAAUGGAACAGAGUGGGACAGAGCCAUCAUUCAGCGAGUGCUACCUCAGGAGGAAGAGAGGAUACUCAGCCUAAAGCCGAGCAAACUUGGAGCACCGGAUAAACUUAUAUGGCUCGGAACCAGCUCUGGUAUCUACUCAACAAAGACGGGCUACAUAAAGGCACUUGAGAGAAGCGAAGAGAAUCGCCAACCGAUUACGACAGUGGAUGUGGACUGGAUAAAAAACAUUUGGAAACUUCAAACUUCUCCUAAGAUCAAGCUCUUUCUCUGGAAAAUCUUCCAGGGGGCACUUCCGGUUGGAGAUCUCCUAGCGCUAAGAAACAUAGGUCCUGCUCAAACGUGCCCAAGAUGUGAUACAGUUGAAUCUAUCAACCACCUGUUCCUUCACUGCGAAUUCGCACACAAUGUAUGGAAACUUGCACCUUUCUCUACUUGUGUUGAUGUUAGAGGUUUGCUAGAUUUAACCUCAGCUUGGGAGGGACUCUGCUCACGUACAUGCCUCCCACCGGUGGGAAUUGCUUCUGGACCUCUAGCACCUUGGAUCCUAUGGUCUCUAUGGCUUGCUAGAAACAACCGAAUCUUUAAUAAUAAAGACGCUACCCCGGAGGAAGUGAUCACAAAAGCUAUAUCAGCGGCGCAGGAAUGGCUAAGAGAACAACAGACGGAAGCCACAUCAUCUACCAGGCCACCAACACAGCGGCCCCCGGAACCCACAAACGCUACCUUGCUCCACUCGGAUGGGGCUUGGCGUGCAGAUCUACAACUAGCGGGACUGGGAUGGACAAUUGGCGGAGGAAACCAGACUGGGUCCUACAUGGCACACUGCCACUUUGUUAACUCCCCACUGAUCGCUGAGGGACUGGCGUUACGGGAAGCCCUCUCCUGCUGCAUCACCAAGGGUAUCCGGUGUGUACUAUGCAAAUCAGACUCUCUACAACUCAUAAGAGCCAUCAAUGAAGAAGUACCCAACUCAGAGAUCUAUGGCAUUGUCUCUGAUAUCUUAAACUUAGUCUAUGCUUUUGAAUUUGUUUCCUUUGUCUGGACUCAACGAUCGGAAAACAAGGCUGCUGAUGCUCUUGCAAAGCAAGCCUUGUUGAACGAAGUCUUUGUAUCCACGAACCGUGUUUUCUAAGUUUCUAAUGCUAGUUUGUGUUACAAAAAACAAAAUUGGGCCACAACGAAAUAAAUUUUAGCCCAAUUAUCAGAUUUUAACAUGAAAGGCCUAAUCAGAGUACAAAUCCCACUAGUCAACAAGAACGUUCUCUGAUAAGAACUCAACCACGUUAUUUUUUUUUUGACAAAAACUCAACCACGUUAUUGCUCUGAAGUUCAAGUAACCAAGUACAAUCCAAAACGUAACGACUUGAAGACUCCAAACCUUGAAUCUCUACACUCAGAGAAAUCAAGCCCAAACAGCAUGCACUAAACGCAUAAAGAAUUGCAAAAACAAACUAUGAUUCCUUUUAUAGUUCAAGGAUCGGUUACAAUAUUAACUAUUUUUAUUCUCUUGACUGUUAGAAUUUUUUUCCUUUUUGUUCAAGUCUUGUGAGUAUCCCAGACGCAUAGAGAGGUUCAGAAUAAUCUAUAAAAUGGUGGGUUGAUCCACUGAUGGACUCUCAAUCCGGAUAUUCAAAUGAGAUCUAAAGUGUGGUCUCAUAUCCGCGUAGCCACACAUGUUUAAUAUCAUGGGUUGUUUUGAACCCAAGUCUCUCCGUAAUCCACCUACCACUAGUGACUAGACCACCCCUGUGUGAUUGAAUUAGAAUAAAACAUUUGCAACCUCAUCUUCUAUUCCUCGUCUUUCAGCGCUCAUCUUCCUUAGUUUUCUUGAUAUGUAUACUUUUAGUGGCAUAUCAAUAUUCCCAUUACAAAAAACGAGCUUGUCCUCACGCGUAAAUGUAGGGAAUUGAGUCUUGCCUCAUCCAAGAAGUUCCAUGUGACGGUAAAUUUUUUCAGGUCACUAAAACCUCCAAAUGUCCUUAUGAUAUGCAUCAUAUCUAGUGGCAACUACCUCUGGUUCAACUAACAACUCAUCAGCA